AUGCAAAAGUUAUCCAAAGCCCUCAGACCGGCGGUGGCGUUGCGCCGGAUCAGCAGCGGCUCGUCCGCGGCGGCGAAUUUCGAUCUCAACGGAGUGUUCGUGCCCAUACCCACUCCGUACAAGACGAAUGGAGACGUCGACUACGGAGCGCUGGCGUUCAAUUUCGAACGAUGGGAAAAAAUACCGUUUAGAGGUUACUGUGUGGGCGGAUCCAAUGGUGAAGGACCAUAUUUAAAAGCCGAAGAAAAAAUAGAAAUGGUGUCCAAAAUUCGAUCUAUGAUUGGAAAAGACAAAUUACUGAUUGCUGGGACAACGUGUGAAUCUACUAAAAUGACGUGUGACCUUAGUAAAGCCACAGCUGAAGUCGGGGCAGACGGCGUUUUGGUGAUGAGUCCUUUCUACUUCAAAACCAGAAUGACGGAGGAAUCUUUGUACGAGCAUUUCGUGUCGGUAGCCGACUCGUGUCCUGCGCCGGUCAUAGUGUACAACAUGGUGCCCGUGACCGGUAUCGACCUCAGCGUCGAAAUACUGAAGAAAAUGUCCUUACAUCCAAAUAUCGUCGGCGUUAAGGAUAAAGACAUGGGAAAACUCGCAGCGCUGGUCACCGAAACGCGAGACCAGAGAUUCCAAAUCGUUGCCGGGUCGGCGAGUUACUUACUGGCCGCCAUGCUCGUCGGUUGCUCGGGCGGGAUAAACGGUCUGGCCGCUGUACUCGGCGAACCGUUAUGUAAGAUGCACGAACUGGCGUCGGCGGGUCGGUGGCAGGAGGCAUUGGAAUUGCAGAGGAAACUUGUCAAUAUCGAUUUGCUUCUCAUGCAAGAAUGUGGACCGGCCGGUCUAAAAGCUGCGAUGGAACUUUUGGGCUACAGAGGAGGUCUGUGUCGAUCUCCAUUGCCGCCAAUCACCAACGAGAAAGUUGCAAAAAUCAAACUGACGCUGGAAAAAGAUGGAUUUUUGUAA